GCCAGCCGGCUGCAUGGCGCGCUGCGAGCGGCUGCGCGGCGCGGCUCUGCGCGACGUGCUGGGCCAGGCGCAGGGCGUCUUGUUCGACUGCGACGGGGUGCUGUGGAACGGCGAGCGCAUCGUUCCGGGUGCCCCUGAGCUGCUGCAGCGGCUGGCGCAGGCGGGCAAGGCCACGCUGUUCGUGAGCAACAACAGCCGGCGCGCGCGGCCCGAGCUGGCGCUGCGCUUCGCCCGCCUGGGUUUCACGGGGCUGCGCGCCGAGGAGCUCUUCAGCUCCGCGGUGUGUGCCGCCCGCCUCCUGCGCCAGCGCCUGCCCGGGCCUCCCGACGCACCCGGCGCUGUGUUCGUGCUGGGUGGCGAGGGGCUGCGCGCCGAGCUGCGUGCCGCGGGGCUGCGCCUGGCCGGGGACCCCGGCGACGACCCGCGCGUGCGCGCCGUGCUCGUAGGCUACGACGAGCAUUUUUCCUUCGCCAAGUUGACCGAGGCGUGCGCGCACCUGCGCGACCCCGACUGCCUGCUAGUGGCCACAGAUCGCGACCCUUGGCACCCACUCACCGACGGAAGCCGGACCCCCGGUGAGCGCGGGACUGGGCGCUGGGAUGUGCGCAGGGCCCCAUCUCACGUCUCUUAAUAACUGCAGCUGCCGCCUGUCCGGCAAGUGGCCGAGGACCAGUUUAACAGACGAGCCACCUUAGGCUCACUGUAGCUCAGGGAA